AUGGCUAAUCGUUUAGUCGGUCUUCGUAGUCAACUUGGACGUUGUUUUAGUACAAAUGGUAGCCUCUUUCAAGCAACAACACAAAAAUCACAUUUAUCAACAUCAUCAUCGGAAUCAACAUCAAAAUUGGUUACUCCACCAAUCUCUGUAUUCGGUAUAGAAGGUCGUUAUGCAUCAGCAUUAUUUUCUGCAGCAUCAAAACAAAAUAAACUUGAUCAAAUCGAUGCUGAUUUUCAAAAAUUAGAUCGUCUUUUAACACAAAGUAAAAUCAUCGGCGAUUUUUUUCGUAAUCCAGGUGUAACACGUGAACAACGUAUGGCUUUAAUUAAAGAAUUAAGUUUAUCGGAUAUGACACAAAUUACAUUAGAAACACUUAUUGAUAAUCGACGAGAAAAAAAAUUAACAAAAUUUGUUUCAGUUAUGAAUCGUUUAAUGUCUGCUAAUCGAGGAGAACUAUUAUGUCGUGUUAUAACAGCUAAACCAUUAGAUGGAAAAUUACGUAGUGAACUUGAUUCGGUAUUAAAACAAUUUAGUAAAAAAGAUGAAAAACUUAGUGUUGAAGCAAAUGUUGAUCCAUCAAUUAUGGGUGGAAUGAUUGUAGAAAUUGGUGAUCGAUAUAUUGAUAUGAGUAUUGCAAGCAAAAUUAAAGCUUAUACUGAAAUUUUGACAAGCAAUGUCUAA